GGCUGGUGGAGCAGGAGCGGAGCGCAGCGGAGACCUGCUUUGAGGACAGAUGUGCCCAAGCAUAGGGGUGCUCCAACCUGAGCUGGGGUGAAGCUUCAGGAGAAGGCAAGAGGGCGACAGAGAGAUGCAGGCGGAGGAGCCGUGCGCCCCUAGCGCACCCCGCAGCCCCGACGACCCGCAGAGAAGUCAGCGCGCACGGAACCCGGAGCUGCGCCUGUCGGGUCAGCUGCUUCCGGAGCUUUACGGCUUGGUGGCACGCGUGCUCUUCUACCUGGCACCCGUCUACCUGGCAGGCUACCUGGGGCUCAGCGUCACCUGGCUGCUCCUUGGCGCCUUCAUCUGGAUGUGGUGGCGCCGGAACCGCCGCGGGAAGCUGGGGCGCCUGGAGGCCGCCUUCGAAUACCAAGAGCACGAGCGCGAGUUCAUCAGCCGCGAGCUGCGGGGCCAGCACCUGCCGGCCUGGAUACACUUCCCAGACGUGGAGCGCGUGGAGUGGGCCAAUAAGAUCAUCACGCAGAUCUGGCCCUACCUAAGCAUGAUCAUGGAGAACAAGAUCCGGGAGAAACUGGAGCCCAAGAUCCGGGAGAAGAGCGUCCACCUCAGGACCUUCACCUUCACCAAGCUCUACUUUGGACAGAAGUGCCCCAAGGUGAACGGUGUUAAGGCACACACUGACAAAUGUAACCGGAGGAAAGUGACCCUGGACCUGCAGCUCUGCUACAUCGGGGACUGUGAAAUCAGUGUGGAGCUUCAGAAGAUCCGAGCAGGUGUGAACGGCAUCCAGUUGCAGGGCACCCUGCGUGUCAUCCUGGAGCCCCUGCUAGAGGACAAGCCCUUUGUGGGAGCCGUGACCAUAUUCUUCCUUCAAAAGCCGCACCUGCAGAUCAACUGGACGGGCUUGACCAACCUACUGGACAUGCCGGGUAUCAAUGACGUAUCAGACAGUUUGCUGGAAGACCUCAUUGCUGCCCACCUGGUGCUGCCCAACCGUGUGACUGUACCCGUGAAGAAGGGGCUGGAUAUAAUCAACCUGCGCUUCCCUCUGCCCAGCGGGGUGAUCAGAGUCCAUUUGCUGGAGGCCGAGAAGCUGGCCCAGAAGGACAACUUCCUAGGGCUUGGAGGCAAGUCAGACCCAUACGCCAAGGUGAGCAUUGGCCUGCAGCACUGCCGGAGCAGGACCGUCUACAAGAACCUGAACCCCACCUGGAAUGAAGUGUUCGAGUUCAUGGUGUACGAAGUGCCUGGGCAGGACCUGGAGGUGGACCUGUAUGACGAGGAUACUGACAGGGAUGACUUCCUGGGCAGCCUGCAGAUCUGCCUUGGAGAUGUCAUGAUGAACAGAGUGGUUGAUGAGUGGUUUGUUCUCAGUGACACCACCAGCGGGAGGCUGCACCUGCGGCUGGAGUGGCUCUCCCUGCUCACGGACCAGGAAGUGCUGCUGGAGGACCAUGGUGACCACUCCUCCGCCAUCCUCGUGGUCUACUUAGAAAAUGCCUGCAACCUGCCGAGAAACCCUUUUGACUACCUUAAUGGUGAAUACCGAGCCAAAAAACUCUCCAGGUUUGCCAAAAAUAAGGCCAGCAGAGACCCUUCUUCAUAUGUCAAGCUAUCCGUAGGCAAGAAGACCUUCACAAGUAAGACCUGUCCCCACAGCAAGGAUCCUGUGUGGAGCCAGGUGUUCUCCUUCUUCGUGCACAGUGUGGCAGCCGAGCAGCUCUGCCUGGAGGUGCUGGAUGAUGACCUGGAGUGCGCCCUGGGAGUAUUGGAGUUUCCACUGUGCCAGAUCCUCCCCUGUGCCAACCUCACCCUUGAGCAGCGCUUCCAGCUGGAUCACUCAGGCCUGGACAGCCUCAUCUCCAUGAGGCUGGUGCUUCGGUUCUUACGUGUGGAGGAACGAGAACUGGGAAGCCCAUAUACUGGGCCCGAUGCUGUAAAGAAAGGCCCUCUGUUCAUCAAGAAGGUGGCCACCAACCAGGCUCACAAAGCUCCAUCCCAGGGAGAAGGCCCUGCAGAUGUGACACAUGCCUCGGACCUUGCCUCUGACAUCAAGGGAGCAUCCAAGAGCACUGAAACCACCACAGCUGUCACCAAGGCCACAGAGCCUAAGCCCCCAGAGACAAGCCUGGAGUCGAAAGGCAAGGACAGUGCCAAAGGGCUCUGUGAGUUCAUGGGGAAGAAGAGGAACCCAGCUACCAUCUUCCUGACUGUCCCAGGCCCCCACUCUCCAGGGCCCAUCAAGUCACCCAGACCCAUGAGCCGCCCUGCCUUCCCAUUCGCAUGGCCACCCACAAGGCUGGCUCCCAGCAUGUCCUCACUCAACUCCCUGGCUUCUUCCUGCUUUGACAUGACAGAUGUCAGCCUCAACAUUGAAGAUGGGGAUCCUAGGCAGCGACGGCUGGGUGAGAUUCAGCUCACAGUACGCUAUGUGUGUCUUCGACACUGUCUCAGGGUGCUAGUCAACGGGUGCAGAAACCUGACACCAUGUACCAGCAGUGGAGCUGAUCCCUAUGUUCGCAUCUACCUAUUGCCUGAAAGACGAUGGACGAGUCGCAAGAAGACCUCAGUAAAGCGCAAGACCCUGGAGCCCCUAUUUGAUGAGACAUUUGAAUAUUUUGUUCCUAUGGAAGAAGUACAGAAGAGGUCACUGGAUGUUGCAGUGAAAAACAGUAGGCCUCUUGGCUCACACAGAAGAAAGGAGCUGGGAAGAGUACUGAUUGACUUAUCAAAAGAAGAUCUGAUUAAGGGUUUUUCACAGUGGUACGAGCUGACUCCAGACGGACAGCCCAGGAGCUGACGAUGGGUGCUAUCACCAAAAUGUCAGAAAGUGUAUGCAUGUAUUUUGUUAAUAAGAACACAUAUUUGAUGGAAGUGGAUGCUGUGUGAACUCUAACUGCAUGACUGGAUAGUAAUGGGGAUCAUGUAGAAGUACAACUAUCUCUUAAUUUGAUUAGUUCAAAUUCAGAAACUGUGGUAUUGGUGUCUAAUGAGGCACCAAAACCCCAGCAGUGAUUUCUCGCUUUGGUAAUUGUUCACAUCGCAUUUAGAAUUGCCUAAAGGGUGUGCAAGAAAAGUGCCCUCUCUCCAACACAGGGUUGGGUUGGGGCAGCUACCAGCAUCCCCGGCAGGUCUGACCAAAGGAGGCCACUCUUGUGGAAAUAAAAAGUGACCAAACCAGGGCUGGAGAGAUGGCUCAGCGGUUAAGAGCAUUGCCUGCUCUUCCAGGGGUCCUGAAUUCAGUUCCCAGCAACCACAUGGUGGCUCACAGCCAUCUGUAAUAAGGUCUGGUGCCCUCUUCUGGUGAGUAGGCAUACACACAGACACAACAUUGUAUACAUAACUAAAAGUAACCAAACCCAAAACUGCCCAGAGCUAACACUGCCAAAGCCCUUCUGGUUGCUGCCUGUGGUGCUCAUAAGCCUAGACGUUUGCCCCUGGUUCACUGGAGCUGACAGUGUUAGAGUGAUACCCUUAAGUAUUCCACGUUUACUGCUCCGGGAAGGCCUAGGGGCAAACUUCUGGCAUGUGGCAUUAUUUUCAUAGGAAGCUUUAAUCCUAACCCCAAGCAUCUGAACUCUGGGUGCUGGAGGCUGCAGAACAGUAACUUCCCAGGAGGAGUGGGGGCUUUCUGUAUUUCUCACAGAUAAGUUUGAGACUUAGUUCUGAGAUGGCUGAGUCACCCUGAUAUACAUAUUAAAAGGAAAAUAUGUAAAUUGUAUAUUUAAACAAGUGCCUUUUACACAUUUCAGUUUGUAAGACCGGACUUUUUUGUUCUUAUACGUUUCUUGGGUGAUUGUCAAGGCCACACCCUUAUCUUUCACCCACUCAGGCAAUAUUGCCUGCCAUGUUCCUGUUGUCUUCAGUGAUGCUUUUCUUUAUUAUUAUUCUGUGUAUGAUGUGAGCAGGAGGUGUAUAUGUGUCACGGCACAUGUGGUUAAAGGACAACUUUGUGACAGAGAUGGUUCUAACCCUUUAUGUAGUUUCCGGGCAAGCUUGCACAACAAAGCACCUUAGCCACUGAGCCAUCUCGCAGGCCCUUCUCUGAUGCUCUUCUAAAGAAUGGCGACAGUUGGGUAUGGUGGCACAUGGCUUUCAACCCAGCACUGGGAGGCAGAUGGACCUCUGAGUUUAAGGCCAGCCUGGUCUACAUAGUGAGUUUCAGGCUAGCCAAGGCUACAAAGUGAGACUGUGUCUCAAAAAACCAAAAAAACAAAAAAACAAAAACAAAACCCAGCAACAUUCCAACUAGAUAUAGUGGCUACUCCUGUAAUCCUAGCACUUGGGAGGCUAAGGCUGGCCUGCCUGGGUUAAACAGCAAGAUUCUGUCUCAACAGAAGAAAACAACAGUAUUUAUUAUAGUGUGUAAUAUUCAUAGCUCUGACUCACCUGCCAAAUGUGAGACAGCCUGGUCUUUGGUUUCUGCUGCUAUAGUCCUGUGCAGAUGUGUGUUCAGCAGCAUCCUGAGAACAGAGUAGUCCAGAUACUGUAUCAUCUUUUCCAAUGGCCAGUCCAUACUGCAAUAGCCUCUUCCUGUGUAGCGCUUUCCACUUGAACAAUUCUUGGUGUUGUUUACAAGCUCUACUAGGUCACAUGCUAAGCAACUACAUGUUUUAGUUUGUAUCUCAACUGAACUGUAGACUACUUGAUGCAUAAUAAAGUUUUUGCAGCUAUUUCUCUUGUGUGUGUGUGUGUUAUGUAUGUGUGUAAAAAAGAGACUAGAGGAUGCCCCUCCCCCUUUUUUCUUUGAGACAGGAUCUCUCACUGGCCCAGAACUCAUCAAGUAGGCUAGCUUGGCUGACUAGUGAACCCUAGGGACCCAAAUUCCCACCCUCCCGGUGCUAGGAACAUAAGAUGUACUGCCUUACCUGUUUAUUGUUAUGUUGAUUAACGUUGAGUUCUGAGACUCAAACUCAGAUUCUUGUA